AUGGAGACGUUGCGAUCCCUCCCUCGAAACCCGGACGUCGUUGCGCGACACCCAUCGGCCGAAGAUCUAGACGCUGCGCAACAACUCAUCUCUUCCGCUCAAGCCGGCCGGGAACACCCUCUCGAUCGACAUUAUACCGAUGACGGAUCUCGAAAUCCUGAGGCGGGAGGCCCACAAAGCCAUCGGGAGGGUGACUACCCUAUAGUUCAGACAUCCGAGACGUCCACGAACGGGCAUUAUAUCGAGAAGACAUCCCCCAAAUCUCAAAAGGACACCUCGUUUCUAGGACAUUCUUGCAGUAAUUGCGGAACCAAGAGCACUCCGUUAUGGCGCCGGUCCCCUACCGGAGCUAUGAUUUGUAAUGCAUGCGGACUUUACCUGAAAGCUCGAAACGUUGCAAGGCCAACAAAGAGGAAUCGAACGCAAGCGAGCCCCGAGGCGUAUUUCCCCCAAAACCAACCCGUUGGCUCUCACCUUGAUCCCGUUGGCGGUGGAAAUGAAGGCUGUGGUGGUUCAUCCGGCUCUUGUCCGGGUGGUGGAAACUGCAAUGGUACAGGUGGUGCAGAGGGAUGCGACGGUUGCCCAGCCUAUAACAAUCGCGUCUACAAGUCAACCGCUCGAGGGAACGUCGCGGCGCAUGCGCUGAACAGGGCAGUAAUUCCGGAAAGUGUUCCACCUCCGCAAGAGCCUGAGGCACCGGCAAGGAAUGGUGGGCAACCAGAGGGAAACAUGCUGGUGGCUUGCCAAAACUGCGGCACUACCGUGACACCGCUCUGGCGACGGGACGAGAACGGGCAUCCGAUCUGUAAUGCCUGUGGCCUCUACUACAAGCUCCACGGUUCCUACCGACCUACCACGAUGAAAAAGACCAUUAUCAAACGGCGAAAACGUGUCGUACCGGCCUUGCGAGAAAAUUCUCCAACUGCCGCUACCCAUUCCUCUUACGGCUCCUCCGCCUCACCAGAAGCGGCGUCCCCUGCCACACUAGCCUAUUCUCACGACGAGCAUCAUCGAUACUACAGCUCAGAGCCUGUUGAUCAAUUUCACCGGAUUUCGCCUGCCGCACAGAGACCGUUUGGCUAUGCACCACCACCGGUUGACUUCACAGGUUUCAACGCGGGAGCUAUAUCACUACCCCACCACCCACCUCCGCCGAGAUUGCUCGAGCCAGGUCAUCCACCGAUUUCUCAAUUUGGGCGACGAUCGAUCUCGCCGAACUCCUCGGGGAAUCCUAAAAAACGAACAUUAGCAGAGACCGGGCCGAAUGUAGACGUUGGUCCCGUUCCGUCCACAUUAGAGGCCGGAUCAAAUCAACUCCCACCAAUUGUCUCGUCGGCCAAUCCGCCAGCACCUGCUCGAUUGAGCUCAAUUUCCUCUAUCCUGAACCAUGCUCAUGCCCGCGACGAAGCUCGCUUAGACCCGUCUCUUGCUGCUCUAAGCCGUCAGCAACAAGCUCAACCGCAUCACUCACAACCCUCACCGCUUCCCUCUUCCCAAGCAGCUUCACAACCACUACCUAGUGUAUCCAAAAUGGAAAACCUCGUGGAGGAUCGCCGGGCGAAGCUGCAGCGGGAAGCCGAAGAAAUGCGGGAACAACUUCGGGCAAAGGAGCGGGAGCUGGCGGAGCUCGCCAGCCAAUGA